GAGCACUCUUGAUGCAAGACCAGGGGAAUGGACUGCAACCAAUCGCCUACCUCAGCAAGAAACUACACGGGGCAGAACUAAACUACCCGAUACACGACAAGGAGGCCCUUGCUAUUAUCAUCGCCUUCAAAACGUGGAGAUGUUUUCUCGAAGGACGGAAAACAACCGUUUACACCGACCAAUGCAGCCUGAAAUAUUUGAAGACACAACCAAACAUCUCUAGGUGGCAUGUGCGAUGGAUCGACUUCCUUGAGACACACUUCCAGUAUGACAUCGUGUACAAGCCCGGCCACAAAAACGAAGCAGACGCUCUCAGGAUCAACGGAAAUCUGGGUACCCAAUUACCCUCCUUUGCGCCAAUUACUACUCUAAGAAUACCACGAUGUUCUAUAUGCGGGACACUUCAGAAGCAACAAAACGCUCACCGGUAUUGCAAAGCACUACUACUGGCCCCACAUGGCAGACAACGUCCAGCAAUUUGUCACCUCGUGUACGACAUGUCAACGGAUGAAGAGCAGCAAGCAGAAACAGGCAGGACUGCUACAGCCUCUUCCUCUCCAGAAAAGCCAUGGCAAGUGGUUCGCCUGGAUUUCAUAACCGGGUUACCAACUAUCACAGGCGGUCAUGACGCAAUCCUCGUCGUCAUCGACAAAUUCUCCGAAAUGUGACACUUCAUCUCGACACACACGACAGCAUGAGAGAGCGAAUAAUGACGGAGAUGAGGGUAGUAUGGCUGAUAGUAGGGGAGAUGAGGUUAAUAACAGUGAGUGUGACAAUAGUGAAGGGGAGGGCGGAGGAGAAGAGCAUGAUGACAAGUCUGCUACAGUUGCUGCAGGCAGUGAGAGCAGUUAUGGAGGAGGAGGUGUGGGGGGGGAUUCGAGACCUGGUGGGGCUGAUGUCGGCAGUGACAGCAAAACAAAUAGUGGAAGAGGUG